AUUUCUUAUCAUCCGCAAAAAGUAUGGGUUCAGACUUAGAGUUAAUGGUUGUAGGUAGAUCAUUGUUAUAAAUGAGGAAAAACAGAGGAACAAGUUCUGAAUCAUGAAGAACUCCAUAUUUUAUAAUGCCGCAACUUGAAUAGGUGCUGUUAGUUGAAUCUGGUGGUGCUAACAGUAACUGUAAUAAAUGUAGUUGCAUAUCUAAUAUAAUGUAUACAUAGUAUCACAAUGGGCUUAUUUUACACAUUGAACAAGCUUUUGAUAUUGUUUACUUUGCUUUGAAUACAUCAGUACCAAACAGCUGAUUCAGGCACUAGUGUGCGCAUGUGCUAGAGAUGUUCGUAUGUCAAUAAUUAUGUUUAAGCGACGUGGAGUAAAUUGAGUGCCGUUACCAGUGUUGUAAUGAUGAGUUUAUGUUCCUGGAUGUUAAUACCGCUAAAACUUUUCCUUCCCGCUAUAAUAGCAGUUUUAUUAAUUUUAAUUGUUGGGCUUCCAUCUCUUAUUAUUGCUUCACGAUACUAUUGCAGGAAGAAAAGGGAAUCCUUGUCUAAGGAUGGAGUACUUCAUGUUGGGUUCUUCCAUCCAUACUGUAACGCAGGUGGAGGAGGGGAGCGAGUUCUCUGGUGUGCAAUCAAGGCACUACAAGUUCGACACACUCAUGUGAAGAUUGUAGUUUAUACAGGAGAUUUAGAUGCUUCUCCUGAAGAAAUCUUGAAACGCGCUGAAAAGAGAUUCAACAUAAAAUUAAUAGAUCCUAUUCAGUUCGUAUACUUACGGCGGCGGAGAUGGGUCGAAGCCGACAUGUAUCCAUACUUCACACUGUUAGGGCAGAGUCUAGGCUCCAUUGUGCUUGGAACAGAGGCACUUACAGCAUUUAUUCCAGAUCUUUACGUCGACACGAUGGGCUAUGCAUUCACGCUGCCGCUUUUCAAGUUUGUUGGAGGCUGUAACGUGGCUUGCUAUGUCCAUUACCCAACCAUUACUGGUGACAUGUUGAGGCGAGUGUCAGGACAUGUGAUUGCUCAUAACAACCGUCCAUAUGUUGCCCGCAGUCCAUUUCUUACAGCGGGGAAACUCCUGUAUUAUAGACUGUUUGCAUGGCUGUAUGGUUGGGUUGGUCGGUGCUCAGACAUGGUGAUGGUGAAUUCUAGUUGGACAGAAGACCACAUCAAUGAGCUCUGGCUGUGCUCCUUGAAGACCCAUCGUGUCUAUCCUCCGUGUGAUGUGGAAGACAUGAAAAAGCUGCUACUCUCAUCAGAAAACAGUAAGUCACAAAAUGGUGCAGAGCAACAAGCAUCGCUGAAAAGCAAAACUGACUCGAAGAAAGCAAGAAAUCUUAUAAAAAUUGUAUCGGUUGGCCAGUUCAGGCCCGAGAAGGAUCACCCACUUCAGCUAAGAGCGAUGUACGAGUUACGGCAGCUUGUUCCUGAAAAUGUGUGGGACAAUAUAAUGCUGGUAUUUGUGGGGUCUUGCCGGAACAGAGAGGAUCAGGAUAGAAUCAAAGACAUGCAAGAUUUGUGCAAGCAUUUGUCUUUGGAGAACAAUGUCCAGUUCAAAGUUAAUGUCAGCUAUGAUGAGCUCAAGAAAGAACUGCAGGAAGGAACAAUCGGCUUGCACGCUAUGUGGAAUGAACAUUUUGGCAUUGGUGUGGUGGAAUGUAUGGCUGCAGGACUCAUUAUGGUGGCACAUCGAUCUGGCGGCCCACUUAUGGAUAUUAUUAUGGAAUCAGAAGGAAGUCGGAAUGGCUUCCUGGCAGAAGAUGAAACUGAAUAUGCUCAGGCUAUUGCCACCAUAUUGAAAUUAUCUUCACAGACAAGAAAACAGAUUCAGGAUGCUGCAAGGGCAUCAGUAGAUCGGUUUUCUGUAGAAGAAUUUGAAAAGGGAUUCUUAAGAGCCAUGGACCCUUUUUUUAGAACACACAGUGAAACAUAAAAGUGAACAUACUUAUACACUUUAUUUAAGAACAGAAGUUCGAUAAGGAAAAGAAGAUACUGACUGAAGAUAAAUGUUAACAGCAAGUAGCAUUUAUAAGUGCUAAUGAUUCCUUGACACACACACAAAAACUAUUUGCUACAGCUGUUAAUGCUAAGACCCUUCAUGAAGCCUCAUCCAUUUUCUGUAGUCUAUAGCAUAUUUGUUCCAAAUAUAAAUUGCUAAUUUACAUGAAACCAGCAAAGUCUAUGUCUCAUGCAUGAUUUAAACUACUCCAAAUAAUAUCCACAUAACUGGGUACCUGUACCGAGUAAAUUAAUUAGGUAAUAUAAUUAUUUUUAUGAAAAAUAAUAUUUCUUAUUAUCAGCAGUAACAAACAAGUUACGUGAAAACAGAAGCUGCAGAAAAGUUUUGUGACACUUUCCAAAUAACAACGGAGACCUGUUGACAACUAUUAACAUUUUGAGAAAGGUCUUUUGGGUAUAAAUUCAGAAAAUAAAAUUUAUAAGUCAUUAAUUUAUAAAAAUAAAGAAUGUUAUUGGUAUAAUAACAUCCUAAAUUUAUAUUUUAUGGCAUCAGAAAGCAUACAGCAUAAGGAGAACUGAAGAUACAGGCAACAAUCACAGUGUGUACUAAACUGUGAAAUGUUUAUUUUUCAUAAACUGUUUAUAAGUGUCUGCAAGGUGGCAUAUGAAGCAACUUGCUAGUGAAUAAUCAUGUCUUUGUACCAUCUGAUGUAUAAAGGCUGUUGUGUAUUGUGUCUAUUGAAUUAAAUGCCUUAUAAAAGUAAUUUACUAUCCUUUAUCCUUCCUGUUCAGAUUGUUAGCACUUAUACCAUUACAGUGACCUGGAAGAAAGUGAAGUUCCGAGCUACUAAUAUAAUAGUAAAUCCAUGCUCAAAUAUAAUAACAAUUGUUCAAGACAAAUUUAUGGCUCUUACAAUUUCUGCUUUGUGUUGAGAAUACUUCUCUCACUAACCACUUAAGGAAUGAAUGUAUCCACUCUGUAUUCUAUGUUCAGAAUGUCUGGAGAGACUUAACUGAUUGGUAGGCAUGAGAAUGGAGUUUUACUUCCAUGCCACGGUGCUUAGAAACAAGCACAACUUUGUGUUUAAAACUUCUUCAGUCUUAGCAAACAAUUCUGCAAUUCUACAAAGUCUUUAUUGCUUUAGGAAAAUAAAUUUGCAUAUGAAUACGACAUAAACAUUACAGACCUCUGAUUUUGAGAACAGAUUUUGAUGGAGAAAAUUGGACAUGAAAGUAACUGGACAAAAACUGGCACAUAAUCAUCAUUGCCCUGACUUCUCCUAUCAGUGCUAGAUGCUAAGGGAUGUAUUUCAGUGGUCUACUAAAUGAAGGUGUGGAAUAUAAGUAACAGAAAACAUACUUUUUUUCUAUUCUUUAUGAUAAAGUGUGUCAUAAGUAGCUAUCUGUAUACUACAGAAUCCCAUCACUGUCAAAACAUUCCUUUCUUACUACACACCUUGUGAUUAGCCUUGAAGUUUGUGCACUUUGCAUUUGAUAUGUAUAGUUGUAUGCAUGAACAUCACAGCUUGUGGUUGUUUUGCUUCACGCAUUACUAUGCAGUACGUCAGUGUUAUGUGAAGCUGCCAUCAGCCAUUCAAACCUGCUGCUAGGAGAAAAGAAAAAAUGAAACUCUUGUUAAUUUGGAUGCUGUUUUGUUGUAAUCUCUUGGUGACAUCAGUAUAUUCAAAACCCACAGUCUAUAAGAAAAAUGAAAAUGAUAAACUAGAGCCAGUAUUAGUACCUGUUUCGUCCACGGUGAUUCCUCUACCUGUAUACAAGGUUGGAUUUGGAGUUGGUGUUGAUGGGACAGGCAAGAAGGCAGCCAAACCAGAUGAAGCUACCAAACUCAUCACAGCUUAUAAGAAGAAAACAGCAAACAGAGAUGACGAUGAAGAAUCAAUUAGCAUCAAACAAAUAUCAAAAGAUGAAUAUGAGAAGAGCUCAUGAAUACCAUGCUUGUAAUGUCAUUUGAGAUUGUAACAUGUUGCUUACUAAUGAAAAAAAACAACAAGAACCUUCCUGAAAUAAUAAUGAUGAUCAAAAUUGUGCACCUACCUGAUAAUCUAUUUAAAUUGUUAAUAUUAAUUCACUACACUUGUCAAGGCAUUUGCAUAAUUUAAUCCUUACUACAUAGAGUUAAUUUACUUUUUGCAUGUAAAUUUGUUAAGACAUUUCCCUGUGACGUAGAAGUUGGCAAGGUUUAUUAAUUUCAAUACAAAUCUGUUAUGUACUUUUCUUUACAAGCUGAAAUCUGUGCUAGUGAAAAAGACAUAUAUAAAUGGAUCAAUAAAAGUAUAGUUGAUACUUGAGGUUCUCACAGCAGUGAAGAUGUCCAUGUUGGUCUUUGGGGCUCUUGCACAAUAUGGACUUCAAGGCAGAUACUAAUGUUUCAAAUGGACAUACUGCCUCCAUCUUCAGCCCUGAACAAUGAAUGGCUGAACAAAAUGACUGCCUUAUGUAAAGAAUAUAUCAUGCAAACACUUUUGUUACUGACUGCAGAAUUUCAGCACAAAGGCACUGUUCAGGUCUUCAUUAAAUUCACAUUCUCUUCAGGCUGCUCCUUCCAUCAAUUCUUCUUCUGUGAAAGAAACACAAUUCCCUGACAAAUGAAGAAGAAUGACUAUUUCUAACAAAAUUAAAGGUGAUCAAAUUCUGGAUUUUGUUAAACAGUGCCUUGUAAUGAAGUACUUGUAGCAGUUUUAAGCAGCUGCACCAAUCCACUGUCAAAUCAUGCUGUAAUCCCCUUAUUUAAAUUGGUAUCACUUGGAUGUCCAUCACGCCACCUACACACACUAUUACUCCUCCUUCAGUAUAAAUUUGCAGUAAAACUGCAUGUACAUCAUGAUGUACCACUAAGUAACAUGCUCCAGCACUGUACAGCCUCAAGUCACAUUCACAAAUGGUUCUCAGCUCGCUUAAAAAAUAAACACUUUAAUCCAUCUUCGUGUAAAACUUUUUAUAAUAUGGUAUCUGGCAAAACUCACAUGAUAAACUACAGCAAACUAAUUUUGUUCAAGUUAUUUCAUACAAUAAAGAUGACAGUGACCCUGAAGAAACACAACAAAGUUAUUAUUGUGAUCUACACGAGUUCUUGGUUUAUAUGAGAAAUAUAUAUAUGCAUUAUUCAACAUUCUGUAAGAUGAGGAAUUUACACUUUAAUUUGAAAAUAAAGGCAAGUAUCUAAGAUUGUA